AUGACCGCGUCCAUCCAAGUGGGCGAUGUGGUCGUGGCCGCGCUGCUUAAGCUCGUACGAGGUCUGUCGUCCAACCAACUGGUGUACCUCAUACUCGUGGACGCACGCCGCGUGAGGACGGAAGAAGGGUCGAAGGAGAUCAUUUCGUUGCUGCACACGCCGUCGGUGCAAAUUCGCCGGACCGAACACUUGUUCCACUCGACCAAAGACGAAACCAAGCAGCGCAACGUGGAGGUGGAAAAGUACUUUGCCAAGAUCGCGUACCUCUUGAGCGACGUGAUCGUGCUGGUGGGGGACACGAUUGUGGUGUACAAGGAGUACUUUUUACGACGAGGCUUUGCGGACCGAGGCACGGCAAAACUCUCGUACAAGGUGCAGGGUGACGACUUUACAGUGGUCAUCAACGACGAAUCCGCGGAAGGCCAGAGUCUAGGGGCAGUUCUACAGCCAAGGGGUUCCUCAACUACUGUGCCGACGUCCACUGCGUGCAUGGGGGGACAUCCGCCAGAAUAUUCGCGGCAAGUGGUUCAAAGCCGACGAAAUGCUCAUCCACCACCUCAAAUGCUCAUCCACCACCUCGACGCCUUUCACGUUCGACGGCCGACAUAUUGCACGCAUCACAUGUUGGGGGACAUGACGUCGAAACAACGCUUGAUGCGGCGAGACAUCUCGGUGGACGAGCGCGGGUGGUUCUUUCUCUUGCUGUCCAUCGUGGCUGGCCACACGUCGGCGUUUGUCCGGGUGUACAAGAACCGUACUGUGCGGUGCAUGGCGCACAUUUCGAUUUUGACCAAGGAAACGAUGAUCAAAGCCAGGGACCGACGCCGUGCCCACCGCACGAGCGAACGGGUGCUUCGGUCCGGAAAUGUGAAGCGUUUAAGUCCCCCCAACUUGCCCCCGACCUACUUUUGCCUAUCGUUUUGGGACACGUCGUUCUUGGCCGACAUGCAUCGAUACUGGUUUGACGACUCGACCAAAGAAAGACAUUGGCGAGUGCUCUUUUAUGGUUGA